GAUGCCCCAGGCAGUCUGGGACAGGUAUAAAAGAGCUGAGGGCUUCACUGUCCUCUAUCCAGCUUCCUCCACUUGACUCUCCUGAUCAACCGGGUCUCUGUGCCUGCCUGAAAGAUGUCCUGCUCCAGCCUGUGCGUCCCUUCCUGUGGGGUGGCCGCCCCGGCCCCCCUGGCUGACACCACCAACGAGCCCUGCGUGCGGCAGUGCCCCGACUCCACUGUGGUGAUCCAGCCCCCGGCUGUGAUGGUCACGCACCCCGGACCCAUCCUCAGCUCCUUCCCGCAGCUCAGCGCUGUUGGCUCGGCGGGAGCCCCUGGUGUUGGAGGGGGCUAUGGCGGCACUUUUGGAGGCCGUGGUGGUUUUGGGGGUCUUGGAGGCUAUGGAGUCUAUGGGCUUUAUGGGAGCUCUGGGCUCUAUGGGGGCUACGGAGCCCUUGGGAGCUGUGGAUAUGGUGGCUGGGCCCGAGGCCACAGGUACCUCAAUGGCAACUGUGGCCCCUGCUAAGCCCCAGAAGAAGGAGAGCUCUGGAGAAACCCUGGCACAUCUCCACCUGACGACUGAAGGAAGAAAUUCCCCUCUGCAUCGCUGAGCUCUGCACCCUGGACACCUUGUGCAUACUUAAGGUCCAACUCUGCCUUUCUCCUGCCCUGCUGAUCAUCCCUUCAAGAGUCACUGGCCUGAGAUGACGCAGCCCUGCAUUCGGUUCCUGCUCCUGCGGCACAGCUGAGGCGCGCUGUCUCUCUCCCUGUUGCCUGGAGACAGGCGGAAGGCCCUGGCCAGGGCCCUGACCUACUCCCAACUCCCUUCUCCCUUGAAACUGCAAUAAAAGCUGUGGUGCAUUACAA